AUGGCAACUAACUUCACCCAAGACCAACAAUUUGAAGGAAAGGAUUGUCAAUCAAUCACAGAUGUGACGUACUACGUGGAGGAGAAGAAGAGACUCUGUGAUGACUGCGCCUCUAAAGAAGGAUGCAUCGCAAGAGUUAAAAGGGAUGGGCCCAAUUUUUAUUGCGAUAAACAUGAUGAAAAGGUAAAAUUGUAUUGUAAAACUCAUGGCGAACCAAUGUGUCAUUUGUGCGCUUCAGUAAGGCACAGGUAUCCUUGCGUACCACAAGCUUUAGAUGAUGCGAUAAAAGAAAUAAGGGGCAGGCUGACGGUUCUUAACGAAAAGGCAAAGGAAAAAUUGAAAAAAUGUCUUCUAUGUGAAGAUGAAAUGAACCAAUGUUUGCAAUACACAGACACCCAUCUACAAGCUUUGAAAGAUAAAGUUAAUUCCAUAAUCAAGGAGGCAAUCAAUCCAGAUAAAGUCAAGAAGAUGGAAGCUGACAAAAUCAACCAAGAAUUUGAUGAUCAGAAUCAAGUACUUCAAGAAGAGAUUAUGAAGAUUAAUGAGAAGAUUCGAAAGAACAAUGAAGAGAGAGAGAAACAACUUGAAUUAAUCCAUACAAAUGCACAGAUUAGACAAAGACACAUGGACAAUAAGAAGAUUGGUCUUCAUAGAGACAUUGAUAACAUUGUUAAAGAGAAGGAUAGGAAGAUCAGAGAGUUGAUGAAAUCAUUGCAGGAUGACACAAAAACAAUAGAGAAUGCAAUACAGACCAUAGAUACAGUACUAGAAGACGAUAAAAACAUUGUUAAAGAUGGUCAUAGUGUGAACAUGUCAGUGAGUGAUAAACUAAAGAAACCACUUUAUAAGAAUGAUGUGAAACAAAUCACUGAUAGAAUAUCAGGUGUGAGGUUUGUGAAGGGUGUUGGGAGAGAGAAGUAUGAUGGUAGGAUUGGUGGGUAUGAUGGCGAGUGGAUGCUUAGUGAUACAAUCAAUGUCAAAGAUGAAAUCAAAGACCCAGUUAUUGUUGGCUGCUUAGAUGAAUGUAAUGUGAUCAUCACUGACUGGGUGUCAGAUAACCAUCAUACAUACAUAAUGAAUAUGAACACUAAACACAUCCACAGAGUGAUAACAGGUACUGAUACAUCAUUGGUAGUCUCCUGUGCAUUACUGAAUGAUGACAAGAUAGUGUGCGGUAGAUGGUGUAAAGGCUGUACAGGAGGCAGUUUGACUGGAUGCAUCAGUGUGUACGACAAACAAUGGAUGCGCAUCAAUGACAUCACAAUACCAAGAAACAGAACGCGCGAUGGCUCAUCGGUGGAUGUAGCUGUUGACCGUGAUGGGAUGAUCAUCGCUGCUGAGUGGAAUCAGUCUCAGAUAUGCGUCAUCAACCCAGCUGAUAGUAAGAUCGUGAAUACCAUAAAAUGUAAAAAGGAUGUACUGAUGCGAGGUGUGCUAUCAUCAGGUCACAUCAUCGCUCAACCUACCCCUCGUGGUGAGAGAGUACUAAUCAUAGACGGACAGGGUGGUCAAAGGGAAAUCCCCCACAGUGAUGUCAUCUUGAAUGUCAGUGUUGAUCCUAUAACAGACGACCUCUACGUCGUGACAUCAGAUGAUGAGUACAAGACGUGUAUGAUUGAUCAGGUGAUGAGUGGGAAUGAAGUGAAGAAGAGAAGAGUGACGUCAUUCCCUCUAACAACUAGACUGAAUGAUGAGGGUGAUAGGGUGCUUUACCUUGUUCAAUCCCGUGUAAUGAUCUCAUUAUCAGGCAAAAUAAUUGCUUAUGAUGGAGAUAGUAUUCUCGUAUUCGAAAAGAGAAUCUCACUAUAGAAUGAUGAUAUAUCGGGAUCAAUUAUUGGAUUAACUUUGACAAUUUUUGUAUACCAUGACCACAGUGAUACCAUCUUUAGAGAAUUAUUUGCAUCAAUU